CUGAUAGCCCAAAGCCCACAAACGCCAGAAACCUCAUCUUCAUCGCAUUAAUCUUCGCCAUCGCCACUCCCCUCCAAUCUCUUGCUCAGUCAGAGUUCCAUCAAACACAUGGCGCUUAAUCUGACGUCCUCUUUCCUGCAAAUUAACCCACUUUCUCCUCCGCCUACCAUCAAAAAGGUGAAGUUCAGUGCGGUGGGAAAUUCAGCGCUGCAGGUAACGUGCAGGAAGAAGGACAUACACCCGCAAUUCUACGAGGAUGCGAAGGUGUACUGCAAUGGGGAACUGGUGAUGACCACCGGUGGGACCAAGAAGGAGUAUGUAGUGGACGUUUGGUCCGGUAACCACCCAUUCUAUCUUGGUAAUCGAUCGGCUGUCGUUGUCGACGCCGACCAGGUCGAGAAGUUCCGCAAGAAAUUUGGGGAGCUUUCGCAGAUUAUGGAAAUCCCUGUCCUUAAAGGUGAAAUUGUGUUGCCUUCUAGGCGCAAAUCCGCUGGCAAAGGCAAGAAGAAAUAGGAGGGAUGGAGGAAAAAAGGGUAUGUGCUUAUUUUGUGUUUGUAAUUUGAUUUUAGUUGUUUGAUGAAAUGCAUAGUCUGGAGAUGAAAUUACAGCUAACUCUGUGUUUAGAAUUUUGGUACUUGUAUAAUGCUACUAUCGGUUGAAUCUUUACGCUGAUGUAUGGGUAUAAUGAUCGAAAUUGUAGCAGAAUACAGCAAAUUCAAUUGAAUUAUGCCUGCUUAUUAAUAUAUGUGAGGGGUUUAUUUGAA